GUCAAUUUUAGGAAGUAGCCCUUGGCCAUAGGAUGUUAUGGGCCCCUGAUACAGCCUCAAGUGGAAUACUGGGUCUAGUUCCAGGAUUACAGUGACUGGGAGAAGAACCACGACUCAACUAGUGCCGCAGAGAAGCUAGUGCGUGAUAUUUUUGCUGUGAGCUCUGCCGCGAGGCUGGGUCUCUGGGAGUGUCUGUUUGCUCUGCAGAGCAGAUGGGCUCACCCCAAUCUCCAUGGGAUGCUGGAUGAAAUAAUUCAGAACGGUCACAAUCUGUUACAGGAAAUUCUCCUGAAUGAAUCGGGACACACCCUCGACCCAGAACUGAGAGCUUGUCAGGUAGAGCACAAAGACAAAUUCCGUGAGCUCACAGGGAGGAUGAAGGAAAACAAGACCCCAGGGCAAGCUGAAGGGCAGGCUUUCCCCAUCACUAACCGCUAUGUGGAGCUCAAGGUCAUCUCAGACCGUCACUUGAAGAAGCAGACACACCAGGAGCACGAGGCCUUAGCAGCAGCUGGGGAGCUGAAUGAAUAUCGCCUCCAGAGGAGAAUAAAGGGUGAGCUGGAGCGCAUCGCCCCUGACCGGCUCUUCCGCUGGUGCUUUCGAUCCCACCGUCUCCCCCUGUCUGUGAUGGUGAGCGGAGUAGCCGGCGUGGGCAAGACAACCCUGGUGCAGAAGUUCAUCUUUGACUGGGCAACGGGGAAGCACUACCAGAAAUUUGCCUUUGUUUUCUUCUUCAAGUUCCGGGAUGUGAAUGAGGAAAAGAUGAGCCUAGAAUCUCUGCUCUGUCAAACAUAUCCACACCUCUGGGACAAGCUCCCAAGAGUCCUGGAAGACCCUGAGAAGCUGCUUUUCAUCUUUGAUGGCUUGGAUGAGAGCAAGACUGAUUUGAAAUUAAGGAGAGGAGAAGCCCAUGAGCUGUGUAGGAAUCCAGGGGAUGUGAAGUCAGUUACUGUGAUUGUCGCCAGCCUGCUGAAACAGACUCUGCUGAAGGGAUGUUCUGUGCUGCUCACCAGCCGCCCCAGCAAGCUGAGCAGUUUGGAGGCUGGAGUCUUCCAUAGAGUGGCCAGUAUCGUGGGCUUCCUCUCCAAGGAAAGGGAAAGAUACUUUUCCAUGUUCUUUGGAGAUGAGCGAGUCUCCAGGGAGGCCUUUGCAUAUGUGAGGGACAGUCAGGUUCUGUACACGUUGUGCUACAACCCGUCUUACUGCUGGAUCACAUGCACGGCCCUGAAACCCUGCUUCACUGCCAAGGCAGGGAGACCACAGCCUGCACCCAAAACAGUGACCCAGCUCUUUGUCAGCUACGUCACCCAUAUUAUGGCCAAUCACACUCAGGAGCGGCCUGAGCCACAGCGGAUGCGAGAUACAUUGAUAAGUGUCGGAUGGUUGGCUGAAUACGGCAUCACAGAUCGCACACUUGUCUUUCAGCCGCAUCACUUACAGGUUGCCAAUGUGGAAUUUUCUCCAUUCCUCAGUGGCUUCUUGGUGGAGAACCCUCAAGCUAAGGGCUCUUUCCAGGUGACCUACUCCUUCCUUCACCUCACCAUCCAGGAGUUCUUUGCUGCCCUCGUGCAUUACCUAGAUUACAAGGAGGACAAGUUCAGAAACACAAUGGCUAAAGCCAGGUCCUGUAAGGAAGGUGACUAUGAGAUCUUCUCUCGCUUCCUGUCUGGGCUCUCCCAUCCCGCAACCAGGAGGUCCCUGGAGGAAUACGUGGGGAAGUUCUCUGCCGAGGCAACUCUCAAAGUUAUUGGGUGGCUCGGUGAGAUGAACUAUGAGGAGCUGCAGAGCAGAGACGAUCCUGAAGGGAAGAGGAGGCUGAUGAAUGUAUUGAAUUUGCUGUUUGAAUCCAAGAACAAACAACUUGUGUGUGAUGUGGUGGGUAAAGAUACCCACCUGGACUUCUCAGAGUUAUACCUCAUGCCGGUGGAUUGCACAGUCCUUUCUUAUGUUCUGAGUUGCUGUGAAGAAAUACAGCGCCUAACCCUAGAUUCCUGCUUCAUCCAGAACGAGGGCCUGGAACGACUCAGACCUGAGCUGCACAAAGUCAGAGAACUGAGCCUCUCAGACAACGAUUUGAAGGAUGAGGCAAUGAAGAAUAUUUGCUCUGUACUAAAGCAUCCAAACUGUAGGCUAGAAGACCUGAGACUAGAGAAGAACAUGUUCACAGAAGCAUGCUGUACCGACCUGGCCUCCGCCCUCAAGGAGAACCAGACCCUCGUCAGUCUGGAUCUGACCAAAAACAAAGUGCGGAACAAUGGCCUCUAUGCCCUGUUAGAGGUGCUUGAGGCCCCACAAUGCAAGAUUCAGAAAUUAGUCCUCCAGGAAAAUGGUUUAUCAGAUGACUCCUGUGAGAGACUCUGCUCUGCUCUCUCCAGAAACUCCACCCUCCGGCAUCUGAACCUGAGUGCGAAUGUUUACACUGAUCGGUGCGCAGAAGACAUGCAUCACCUUAUCCUGACCAGCCCCAGCCUCACCGACAUCAGAUUGAGUUUGAACGACUUCUCUCCAGACAUGGAAGGGCAUCUGAGGGGCCUGCAGAGAGAAGGCCUGAAGAUUCAUAUUUAAAGAACUCUUUAAUCUGACAGUGCUGCUGUGCUCUUCCAUCCUAUGAAAUCAGCACUUGACUCUGGGAAUUGCACCUGUCUGAAUGCACUGCCUGGUUUAACAACCACUGGGAUGAUUCAGUGUGGGAGUAACAAAGGUGGAGGAUCAGCUACACAUAGUGAUACAUGUAAAACGCCUGGAAAUAACUUCCUGGAAACCCUGCCAAAAUGUCCAUCCCCAGCACUGGUGCAAUGGGCUGCUCUUCUAAUUCAUUUCUUACUGCCAUUAGUCGACCUGUCAUUUGUCGGACUGAGAUUCGCUUACUCAGCAGAUGGGUCUAACCAAUCUUUAUCAUGGGAAAACACUCAGCAAGCAGUGAUCAAUUAUUUACAAGUGGGAAGCUAAUCUGGAUGAUCUCAUCGCAGUCACCUUCAUCGCUGGACAAAACACCUUCAACCUCCCUUUGUUACACAGACUUAUUUAUGACGUUCGGUUAGCUUUUCUUAUGCAUACGUAUUAGUGUCUCGUUUCCAUGUGAACUCUCCUCUGUCAGUACAGGGUUAGUGUUAGUUCAAGAUGGGCUUUUCUAGCUUUUUAGUUACUUUAUCUUUUCUUUUUCUCACAAAUAGGAGCACUCUUCAAUUUCUUACAUGUACACAAACUAAACAUGAUUACGCUGCAAUUUCUUACCCAUGCACUGUUCUACUGACAUUGUUAAAUAUUAUCAGAAAAGACUCUUAAAAUUUACAGCAGGCUUCAAUCAGGUCUAAAUAUGCUGUCAUUCCCAACAUAGUUUAUUUCCUUGUGAAUUCAUUCCAAACCCACUGUUGUGAUGGAAACUUCAGAUUUGUAUUGUUCUGUGACAUGGCAACUAUAGCAAAAAGAAUUGCCAUAAACUGAGUGUAAUGCUGUGUAUAAAGAAAGGUGGCCAUUUAUAUCACCAUUGUUACCAGUGUUACACAAUUUCCAUAAAUCUUGUACAAAGUAUAUCAUGUAGGGUAUCAAUAGAAAAGUUAUGAAUUGCUAAGUAUGAUUAUCCUGUUUAUAUGCUUGUAUAAUAUUUGUAUCUGAAAUUAUGAAUAUUGACUAUGCACUUGUAUCUUAAACAUGGGUUGUAUUUCUGGGUGAUACACUCCAGAUAGAUUUACAUCAUCUCAAGACAGGCCAUAGGAGAAACUCAUCCCACCCAGAUAGUUUUUCCUGUGGAUGCCUCAGACAGCAAGGAGCCAGUGGCUGCCCCUGUGAUUCAGCAAAACAUGUAUGGGUUUGUGAUAUGCUCCUGUGACCCUGGACUCCAUCUUGGACCAGUAACUUUCCACACACAGGGGCUGUGGGCUUUGUCUGGGACAGUAACUUUCCAAGCACCUGGCAGAGGAUAUAAAAGGCACCUGAGACAUCUCCAUUUUGCCUCUUUCUUGCUCCAAUUCUCUGGACUGUGGAUUUACAACUAAAAGGAGUAUUUUGAACUAUGGACUGAGCACUGUCCAAUCUUUUGGAAGUUACCAGAGAGACUUUUGCAAGCCAACUGUCUGUAACAUCACCGCUACAAACCUGAUCUAAGGACUUUGGAAUCAUUUAUAUGUAUAUGAUCUAUGAACUAUUUUAACUCUGAUCUUUUCUUAAUACAUUUUUAGUUAGUUUACUAAGGAUUGGCUGUCAAGUAUCAGAGGGGUAGCUGUGUUAGUCUGGAUCUGUAAAAGCAGCAAAGAGUCUUGUGGCACCUUAUAGACUAACAGAUGUAUUGGAGCAUGAGCUUUCAUGGGUGAAUACCCACUUCGUUGGAUACAUGUAGGAUUGGCUGAUAGUGUGAUAUUUGGGUCAGAUCUGAGAUGCAUCUUGAUCUGAGGGAAAGUGUCUGAUCCUUUGGGAUUAGUAAGAACCUCACUUGCGGUGAAUUGGAUUUUCAAUCACCCCUCACUAUAUUAGAUCUCUGUGUCUGGAUGGGAGCCAAGGGCUGGAGUGCCUAAAGGGGCCUGUGUUUGGCUUCUGGUUAACCAGUGUGGUACUGCACGGGCUCUUUUGCUACUGGCUUGGUGAAUCUAAUUAUAGAAUAAACCACCAGUUCUGGGGAUUGUCUGCCCUAUUUUUUGCAGUCUGCCCUGACUCUAGCAUUCUUAGUGUGGUCCAUCCCAGGCACACUGAGUGCCAUUCUGUCCUUCAGAGGCCUACACAGGGGAUGGCUCUGCUUUACAGAGAGGACAUCACAGCUCCUACACGGCUCUGCCUAGGACAUUGUACUGAGAUGCUGUUUCCCAGCGAUGAGAGGCCAGCAGUUUGCAUGUGUUUCUGUCACUCUGUCUGUAAAGAGGGGUGACACUGAGGAAAUUAUUUAGGAAGUUGUGUUUGGGGAUGUCUACAGAUGCGUGGCAGGUGGGUUUUGGGGUUGGUCCCGGUUAGCAGAAUUGGCAAGUGCAGUGUAAAUCAUUAAAGAAACAACAUUUGCCAACAGUUUUCUUUAAAGGGUUUGAGACAUGACAUGUUUAUUUCCUGUUUGGUUCAUACAAGUGUCUAAUUUAGAUGUUAAGUGGUUUAUAUUCUAUUCCUGGUCUGUGUUUGUAUAAUUUAGAUUGAAAUUGGUGGCUUAUAAACUGUUUAAUAAUGAAAAUAAUUCCUAAUAGCAUUGCAGCGUGGGGUACCGCAAGCCCCAGUGCUCAUGGAAUCCCCUGCACCAGGCCCAGCUACUUGGACUUGGUGCAGGAGGGAUUUGGGCCACCAGCUGUCUGGCAUCAUAUUCCUCUCUUUCUUUAAAAGCAGCAAAGAAUCCUGUGGCACCUUAUAGACUAACUGACGU